UGCAGCACUCGAACCUAAACUGAGCCGUUAAUAACACGGAAGCAUAGACAGUAAACAAUUGAUCCAUUGAUCCGGACUGUUACACUUCUGCUGUCGCAACAACAGCUAGUUACCUCAACGAUUUGCUAUGUCUGGUUUUGCUUGUCGUGUAUCACAAUACCCCGUAGUUGGGGAUACUUGCAAGCUGGCAUCGGACACCUAUCAGUGGGCCAAAGGAAAGGACAAAUUGACUACAAUUUUUUCGAAAUUAGAAAACACAGCGGCUUCUCUGGCUUCUGUGAUUAAGCCUGUGUUAGAUACCAAUGUUGCACAGAAGGUUGACGAUGUUGCAUGUCAUCAGCUCCUUGAUCGCCUGGAAUCCAUCUGUCCUACUUUAAAAGAAUCAUCGACAGAAGACAUUUUGGGCCCUGUUGCUAAUCGCGCUUUAAGUCUAGCGGAAACCUGCGCUAACUAUUUUCUCCCGGCUGAUCGGCAUCCUUCGCAAACACAAGAUGAUACCGUGUCACGCACCGAGCGCUUGUCCCACCUGAAAGCUCGUGCAACUCACCAAGCUUUGUGCAUGUUUCAUGCUUCGAUCGAUCGAGCGCACCAGCUGAUGACUGGUUUAACUGAAUCUGGGACCCAAUUGUCCCAAGCGAUCCCAACAGCGUCGGUCUCAGCGACCUUAAACCAAGUCGCGUCCAUCUUGCACUUUGCUUGCAGUACCGCGAAGUCUGUCAGCGUUCCUUUAAUCGUGCAGGGACUGGACACAGUCAGAGACCAAACCGAUCGACUAAAUUCUCAGCUAAAAGAG